AUGUCUCGGACGACUCAGAUAGCCGUAUUUGAGCAACUCAGCCCCUCUCCCGGGGCCAGCCCGAGCGAAAAGAAGCAGACAUCAGAGACUGUAGCUACACCGCUCCAUGAGAAGAGGCCAAGAUCACAGGAUGAUUUGGCCGAUGAACAGAGGAGCUGUCGCACAACAUCUCUCUUUGCCGUGGCGGGCUGCACCGCAGCCAAAUUCUCCGACGGGUACCAGCAGCAAGUCGCCUCGACCGUGAACAUCAUCUUUUCGCACAUGCUCGGCGAUGCGUACACGCCUGACGACAAGACGAGGAUCUCCAACGCACUGAUCGUCGGACAGGUCUUCGGGAUCCUACUGCUGGGCUUUGUCACGGACUGGUGGUCGCGCAAGGCCGGCAUGGUCUUCACCUCGUCGCUCGUCAUGAUCGGCAGCUUGAUGGCCACGCUGGCGCUCAGGGUGGAGCCUCUCGGCGUUGGGAAUAUGCUGUGGUACCUCACGGUUGUGCGUGGCAUGGCCGGUGUCGGCGUGGGUGGGGAGUUCCCCGCUGGUGCUGCUGCUGCCUGCGAGGGUAUGGAGGACUACAAGCCGAAGUCCCGUGGACCUGUCUUUGUGUGCGCGACGACAUUCAUCACGUGCUGGGGUGGGCCAGUUUGCGUUUUUGUCUACCUGAUGACUCUGAUUGCCUCGAAGAACGACCUCUCCACGACGUACAUCGCGGUCAACUCCGUCUCGGUCAUCCUGCCGCUGGUUGUCUUCAUGUUCCGUCUGCGCAUGCGGGACUCGAGGCUGUUUCAGCGAUCCAACUUCAAGUCGACAAAGACGGUCAAGAUCCCGCUCCGGCUUAUCUUCAAGAGAUACUGGGUGCGUCUCCUGGGCACGGGCGGUGCCUUCUUCAUCUAUGAUUUCGUCAACUUCCCGAACGGAAUCAUGUCGAGCACAAUCAUCAACUCCUUGGUUCCGGGCAAAUCUAUCCAGACAGUGGCAAUGUGGCAGCUCAUCCUCUCCCUUAUGACUCUGCCCGGGGUCUUCGUCGGCAUUUUCCUCGUCAACAAACUGGGCCGCCGGUGGACUGGUAUCCUGGGGUUCGGGGGCUACCUCCUCGUUGGGUUGAUCGUUGGGUGUUCCUUUGCGCAGAUCACCAAGGUAAUUCCUGCGUUUGUUGUUAUGUAUGGACUGAUGCAGAGCUUGGGGCACAUGGGCCCGGGUGCUACUCUCGGCCUGGUGUCGACUGAGUCGUACCCAACCGCCAUCCGAGGCGUCUGCUAUGCGAUAUCAGCAGCCCUGGGCAAGGCUGGGGCCGCCGUUGGUACAGAGGUGUUUACACCCAUCAAAGAGAAUCUCGGGCAGAGGUGGACCUUCUUCUUCGCUGCCAUUUUCGGUGCCAUUGGAAUGGUUGUGUACUGGUUCCUGAUCGAAGACAUGUCCCAGGCAGAUCUUUUGGCGGAGGACAAGGCUUUUGAGGUGUACUUGAAGGAGAACGGGUGGGAGGACGACAUAUUGGAGAAAGCCGAGCGCAGAAAGUGA